AUGAAGUUGAACCCAAGCAAGUAUGCAUUCGGAGUAUCGUCGGGAAAGUUUCUGGGGUUCAUGGUUUCGCAAAGAGGAAUUGAGGCGAAUCCAAACAAGAUCCAAGCUAUAUUGGACAUGGAGCCACCGAAGAGUAUCAAGGAACUCCAAUCCCUCACAGGACGAGUUGCCGCUUUGAACAGAUUUGUUUCGAAAGCCACAGACAAAUGUUUACCUUUCUUUAAAGUCCUCAGGAAGGCAUUUGAAUGGACGGACAAAUGUCAAAGGGCCUUCCAAGACCUGAAGGACUAUCUCACAACUGCCCCAUUAUUAAGUCCAUCCGUGCAAGGAGAAGAAUUGUACCUAUACUUAGCGGUGUCCCCACACGCCGUAAGUUCAGCUUUAAUCAGAGAAGAGGGGAAAGUACAAAAACCGGUGUACUACACUAGCCGGGCACUCAGAGGAGCAGAGGGAAGGUAUCUGCUUAUAGAGAAAUUGGCUUUUGCACUGAUAACGGCUUCUAGGAAGUUAAGACAUUACUUCCAAGCAAUGAACAAGCUGGAAGCCGCAGGACGGUUGAUUCAGUGGGCAGUGGAACUUAGUGAAUUCGACAUUCGAUACCAACCGAGAAAUGCAAUAAAGGCUCAAGCCCUAGCAGAUUUCAUCGUAGAGUUCACUCUGAGUUACGAGGAUCUAGGGGAAGGAGAGUACAAUAACAAAUGGGUCGUCCAUGUAGAUGGAUCGUCUACAUUGUAUGUUGGAGGAAUAGGAGUUGUUUUGCAGUCGCCAGAAGGAGACAAAUUAAAGUACAAGACCCGUUUGCAAUACCAGACUACUAACAAUGAUGUGGAGUAUGAAGCCCUUUUAAAGGGGUUGGAGUUGGCCAAGUCCGUAGAAGCAGACUCAAUACUUGUCUUGGGAGACUCUCAAUUGGUCAUAGGCCAAGUAAAUGGGACGGAAGAGAAUGUGGAAGCAGAUAUUCUGGCGAAGGAAGCGUCUGCGAAUGAAGCGUUGGACGAGUUGGAUGAAGUACACUACAUGUCGAGUAUAGACCUUCCAGAAAUGAUGCAGAUAGAGGGUGACGGGAAUUGGAUGACCCCAAUAGUGUCGUACUUGAAGGACGGAAGGCUUCCAAAAGAGAAGGACGAAGUUAGGAAGCUCAGGGUCAGAUCAGCCAGGUACGUACUCAUGGACGAAGUGUUAUACAAAAGAGGUUUUUCUCAACCUCUCUUAAGAUGUUUGGCUCCAGACGAAGCAAAUUACAUGUUGAGGGAGGUUCAUGAAGGAGCAUGUGGAAACCAUUCGGGAGCUAGAUCACUCGUCCAUAAAGUCAUCCGUAGCGGAUUCUAUUGGCUGACCAUCCAAGCUGAUGCCAAGGCAUAUGUCAAAGUACGUGAUCAAUGUCAACGCUUCAGCAACAUUCCCAGACAGCCAGCAGAGUAUCUCACGCCAAUGAUGGCCCCUUGGCCUUUCGCGCAAUGGGGACUGGACAUUUUGGGGCCCUUUCCAACUGGAACUCGGCAAAUGAAGUUUCUGGUGGUAGGAAUAGAUUACUUCACAAAAUGGGUGGAAGCCGAACCCUUAGCAAAAAUUACGCAACAGAAUGUCAAGAACUUCGUCUGGAAGAACAUUGUAUGCAGAUUCGGGGUACCUAGAGUAUUAGUGUCUGACAAUGGACAACAGUUUGACAACACACCUUUCAGGGAAUUUUGUGAACAGCUUGGAAUGAAGAACCAUUACUCCUCACCCUCCCACCCACAGGCCAAUGGCCAGGCAGAAGUAGCUAACCGAUCCUUAACGACAGCGAGAACUCCAACAGGGGAAACUCCUUUUAAACUAACCUAUGGAAGUGAGGCAGUUAUACCGGUAGAAGUACACAUGACGAGCCACAGGGUGAGGAAGUAUCAAACUGAAGAAAAUGAAGAACAACUCCGUCUUAACCUUAACCUUAUGGACGAGGUCAGGAUGGAUGCAGAACAGAGGACAGCGAGGUACAAAAAUCUCAUGGCAAGGCAAUAUGACGCCAUGGUGAAGCCUAGGCAUUUCAACAUCGGGGAUCUCGUCCUGAAAAGGGUUACCUUGGCAACAAGAAACCCGGCCUAUGGGAAACUUGGCCCAAAUUGGGAAGGACCUUAUAGGGUUAUCAACUGCAAGAGGCAAGGAUCCUAUUAUUUGGAAGCUUUGGAUGGGCGGAGGCUGGAACACCCUUGGAAUGUUGAGCACCUCAGGAAAUACUAUCAAUGA